UUAACAGCACGGUGAAUUUCUUUCCUUAAAAAAAAAAGAAAAAACAAAAGCAUACCAUAGAAGCUAAAAAUAGGAGAUAGAGUUUUUAUCUAACCACAACUUUGUGCAUUGCAUAGAAAAAGCUUCCAACAGGACAUGACGAUGAAGCAGUUCAUGGCCAUGUUAAAGAUGAAUGAAAAUGAGCAUCCCCCACCCACCAAGCUGUUGGAUCUAGCAGGACAGCUUUGCCGGGAGCUCCAGAGCUCUUCUCCUAGUCUGGAGAAGCUGGUUGACGCCAUGAUGGAAUGCAAGAACAAGAGAGAUUUUCUUACUAACAUCCAUGUUGUCCGGGCUUGUGUGUCUGUUCAUAUCCAUAAAGGGCAACAUGAUGCAGCCUGCAGACUCCUGGAGUAUUGCAAGGCAGAAGAGAAGGAAGAACUGGUGCAACUUUGGCAUGAGAUUCACUACCAGAGGGUUAUGGAGAAACACCAGACAGAUGUUCUGACACCACUGCAGAAAUUCCGUUGCAGGAAGAGGAAUCCUCCACCUAUUUCCCUUUGUCCUGAAGGUUUGAAGAAUCGAAACUAUUCAGAAGAAGUACGCCAGCACCUGUACAAGUUUGCUGCAGAGGUGACAGCAAAUCCAGACAAGAAACAGCGGGAGGAAUUGGCUCGGGCCAUGAACCUGCAGCCAAUCCAGGUCUAUAAUUGGUUUGCAAAUUAUCGACGACGUCAAAAAUCCCGCCUCCUUCAUAUGGAAGAGCUCAACAGUUCAUGUCCUGAGAGGGCUUUGGCUUCCCACAGAAAUGAGCCACGGGAUAAAGGAUCCGACACUCCACAAACUGCAGAUGGAUCUCGUGCAGGCAUCAGCCCUGAGCAAAUAGAGAUAACCCACAUGCCCUGUGAGCCAGGAUGGGAGCAGUCAGCUGCACCUCUGUAUAAGCCUCCUGAAGGAACAUAUUUAAAGAUGCUGGAAUCCAGCUGUAUGCAGAGCCCUGAGCUGUAUGAAGCUGGAACAAGCAUGGCUUUGUUCACCACUCACAGCGGUGAACAUCCUGUACCUUUUGGCACUGAGGCUGUGAUGGAACCAGGAACCUGCUUUGGCUCUCCUGUGCUGCUGCCUGGAGAAGCAAUGAGCAGGGCUGCUGCCAGCCCCUGGCAGGGGAGCUUUGUCCUGAACUCUUAUGAGUCCCUUCCCUCUGUGAAUUAUUGGCUGCCCAUGUGGUGGGCCCCUUACAGCACCAGAGGAGUCUCUGGCUCUCUGUGGACCCCAGGUGUAGAAGGUAUCAGAGUUCCCUUGAGCACAGUCCCUCAAGGUGGCUGUGUUGAAGCCAGUUCAGAAAGAAUCAUUCAGCAGUCAGAUUUAAAGGAUGAAAGCUUAAUCCUUAGAGGAGGACAGCUAGGGACCCUGGGAUCUAUUCUUCACAGUUCCUCUCAGACUGUUUUUGGCAAGCCUCAGUGCCCACCUGUUUCUGCACCCUCUGUGGAAGAAAGCCAAGCCCUGGGACAAAGCCAGGUCGUGGAGGAUCCAGUUGUUGACUCGCUAACCAACGACAUGUUCCAGGCAGCAUGCCUGCUCUGUGAGUUUUCUGACAGUGGACGGAUGUGACUUGCCUGCAGAGCCACUCCAUGUGCCUGCAGUUCCCCAGGAAAUACCCCAUUGCUUCGUUUUUUUUUUUUUUUUUUUUUUUUUUUUAAAUAGAAGAGGAGUCUGACAGGGAGAGGAAUAGAGUGAGGGAGAAGGAUGGAGGUGUUUUCAAUGGUUACAAAGUUUGGUUUAGUUACAGUUUUAUUAAGAAUUUUGCAAAGGAUAGAAGAAAGCAAAGGUGCACUGUGGACUGUAGGUUUUUCCUGGAGCUGUCUGAAGCUGCACUGUAAAUGUUAAAAUUAUCAUGGCACUGGUUCUAUGGCAGUAACAUAGAUCUAAUAAUAGCACUGGCCAGAUCCGAGUCCUUGGUUGCAUCAUGAAGGUAAAUGAAGCUCCUGUGCUCAAAGGAGUAAAAUUUGGUUACAUUGCCUUGCAGUGGAUAUUGGAUAACCUUUUUCCAGGACUGGAAAAUAAGGUCUCAGCUAAGUGCUGGUAAUACUGCUAUUUCUUAUCCCUGCCUUCCUGUUGUACUGCAGGGUGUAACUGCUGGAGUGUUCCAUCCUCCGUAGUGCCACAGGUGACACAAAAUGACACACGGCAGAAUUUUCAGUGCUAGGGCAUGCCACUGUAUUGGUGUUUAAUACAAGAAGGAGCAUGUCAGGCCUUUCAUGCAGGUUUAAAACUACUUCUGCAAGUUAUAGGGUGGGGUUUUUUGGUAUUUUCUUGAAGUGUUACUGUUUUUAAAAAAAUCUGUAUUGUAUAAUGGGUCCCCAUUGCCAAACGUCUAGCCUAGAGAUAGAGGAAGAAGACGCCUCCCUUACCUUUUGUUACAAAGUUUUUAAGUAAA